AUGGAAAACUCGCUUGUUCGUUCCGUGAUGAGCGUACAGCGUACUUCCAAUCCCGAAAGAAGAGGUACACCUACUUUUUACGCCUCAUUGUGUGCUUCAGACGCCAUACAGUCCUCCAAUCAUGGGUACUUCCAACGUUCUCAGAGGCAGAUCUUACGCGGACAAAUAAGGGGCGGCCGCCGGACAGAACGACACCUUGAAGCCUGCAGUUUUGUUUUUGAUGGCGCUGAGGCGAUUGAGGAUGAGGUGCGCUUGCGUGCCGGGCCGUCGUUCGCUCAGAUCACCGACCCCCUGACAUCAAAGCCCUGCGACGGCUUCCUGCACGCUGCUGCACAGUUGCAACUCUUUCCAGGUUCGAUUGGGCGAAUAGACGGCACUGAUUUGGAGGUAUUUUCCUCUUGGGAUCUUAUUGCCCAAGUCGUUUGUCUCGUCGAUGAACCUGUCUGUUGUCCCAUCUGUCUUUAUCCUCCGAUUGCACCUCGGAUGGAGCGCUGUGGACAUAUCUACUGCGGACCUUGCGUUACAAAGUAUAUCUGGUACGAAAAUGGUGGCUCAGCCAAGAAGUGUGCUGUCUGCUGCUGGAUAAUCAGGUUAGAAGAGUUGAAAAGGGUAUCUAUCGUCCAUGUGUCGCCACUAAAGGUGGGUUCAAAACUCUCGAUGGUUCUUGUGGAUCACCUAAGAGGUCAUUGUACGCGGUCCACUGGAUCACCAAUUAUAACUUCAUCUACACAAGCUGAUAUAUUUUCCUUCAUUGUUGAAGUGGGAGAAGCACAACUGAGAUCAGCAGCACAAGACGAAGUUUCUGUAUUAGAAGCGCUCAAAUCCACGUGUAUCGAGGAUGGAAACGUGGAGCUGAUACCGGAAAUUAAUUUCAUGGUUAACCAGCUGGAGGUUUCGCUGAAGAAUCCCUCGGGUUUUUUUCAGGUUGACUGCCAAGCCGAGGUUCCACUGGAACUUCAUGGGGCUUCGAAAAACGGUCAUGCGGUCGACUCUCCGCCAGGCAAAAUUGACGAACACAAUCGUAUAUACCAGUCUGCUGACGGUCAACCAAUUUUUCUGGACGGACUUAUGUGGAAAUGUUUACUAGCGGAGUAUGGCAGUGUUACUGAACUACCCGGAACAAUCGACGUGACGGUCACGUCUCUGAAGACAUACAAAAUGAAUCCGGCACUGCGAAAGCGCUGGCGCCACCUGAAGCACGUACCCCCGGGUCACGCGUUCCAUUUGGUAGAAGUCGAGCUGAAUGCCCUGGUUUCCAAAUCAACCCUAGAACAAUUUGCCUCUGCUCUUGAGGUUCGUUCUAUAGAACGAGACCGUAGUCGCCUGGAGGAUCUCCGCCUCACGAAGCUGAAGGAAGCUGCUGAAAAUCGCAUACCGUCUUUGCCGGAAGGCUUCGUACUUUCUGGACAUGUACCACUGCUAGAUGGUCCAAGUGGGUUGAGCAUUCUCUUUAAUCAGUUCUUUGUAGGCUUUCAAUCUUCUGACUUUGUCCCACUUGGCGCCACGUCUGAAGCCAUUCCAAAAGUGUCCACUUCCGCCCCAUCUUUUGCCGAGGUGAGCAAAAUGGGAGCCUUAUCUGUUGUCGACCAAAACCGCGUGGCGAAUUUCGCACGUGGUCCUCUUGGCCGUCGGAGUAUCCCUUAUUUCGAUCCAAGUAGUGAAGCUUGGCCAUCGCUAUCGGACGUCAGGAAACGUACUGCUGGUCAGGCCCCAUUGCAAUGUUGUGCUACUUCGGUUUCGCCGUGGGGUCUUUCAUUAAACGCUCCUGUUCCAAUAAGCUCCCCAACCAACGCGGAGAAGCAAGACACCGCAGCCAAGUCGAAUCAUAAAAAGCACAGACGACGGCGCAAUCGAACUUAUUCUCUUCAUGACUCCUCGGUUUGUGAGUAGUGACAGACGGUGAUCCGCUGUGCCCCAACAAUUGGAACAUGAUAUGAAUUUUUCAGUGUCUCUGAACCCAACACUAUUCCCAUUAUUGUACGCGUUUCCCUUUUAUUCUAUUUUCUCCAGGUUGUCGAAGGUAGUUGUGUUUCAUGGUGGCCAGGACGAUGACCCGUUUUGAAUCGAAUUUGCUUCGGUGUAUGAACUAUAAACUGUAGUUUGACAGUGUUAGUUGAUGCCUAGUGUGGGAUGUAGUCAUGCUUCGAAGAUUAUAGAAUCUUAGGCCUCGGAUCGCUGCCGAGUUCGCU